AUGUCACGUCGACUGCUAUGGGUCUUAUAUUUAUUACUCUGCUUAGGCUCAAUAGUAGCUGAAGAAUGUAAGGCAGAGGAACCGGAAGAACCACUCACACGGUAUCCUAUCAUGAACUUUGAAUGGAAAGAGGUUAAAUCCCCGCUUAGUAUAUGCACUUGGCUGGUUGUAGCUAGUGUGGCAAAAAUAAUUUUCCAUGCUGUACCUCAUCUCACGGAAAUGUUUCCGGACUCAGCUCUUCUAAUUAUGAUUGGUUUAAUAAUAGGAAUUAUCUUCAAUCUAAUCGGUGUAGAUAGGCAUGAGUUUAACCUCGACAGUAGCACAUUUAUGCUGUAUCUCUUGCCUCCUCUGGUUUUCGAUGCAGGAUAUUUCAUGCCGGCUCGAGCUUUCUUCGAUAAUCUCGGAUCAAUUCUAUGCUUUGCCAUGAUAGGAACCACAUGGAACAUCUUGUCGAUUUCCCUUUCUCUGUAUGCAAUUUCAACUACGGGACUGUUUUCGAUUGAUACUCCUCUGAUACACUUACUUCUGUUUGGUUCUGUAGUCGCUGAUGUUGAUCCGGUAGCCGUUAUUGUCAUCUUCGAGGAAUUAGGAGUUAACGACGUUCUUUUCAUUAGUGUGUUCGGUGAAUCUUUGCUCAAUGAUGGUGUGGCAGUCGUCUUCUAUCGUAUGUUUGCUUCCUUCACUGAAAUAACAGAAGGAGGAGAAGGACUUAUAACAAUGGAUUAUGUUAACGGAGGAAUUUCCUACCUCGUAGUUGCUUUUGGAGGAAUUGGCAUAGGACUCGUUUUCGCUUUCUUAGCUUCGUUCAUCACAAAGUACUCUCGAGAUGUUGAAAUUUUGAAUCCUGUGUUCGUUAUUGUCUUGCCAUAUACUUGCUACUUAGUAGCAGAAAUGCUCGGUCUGUCAAGUAUUAUGGGAAUCGUGUUUUGUGGUGCAGCAAUGAAGCAAUAUGUCAAAGAGAACGUACCCGAGAAGUCAAUUAGUGCCAUCAACUAUUUCAUCAAAGUGCUCUCACUAUCAUGUGAAACCGUCAUUUUCGUAUUCUUGGGACUUUCCACUGUUUCAUCUAAACAUCAUUGGGAUAGUGCAUUCAUUGUGUUGACAGUCGUUUUCUGCUUAAUAUACAGAACUCUUGGAGUCGUAUUCAUGUGUACUAUACUGAAUAAGUAUCGCUUGAACAAAUUCUCGAAAGUUGAUCAGUUCAUUAUGGCAUAUGGAGGAUUACGUGGGGCCAUUGCUUACGGUCUAGUCGUAGCUCUGAAUGAUAUUCCUGCCAAGAAUAUGUUCAUCACUUCCACUAUAGUAGUCAUUUACUUUACCGUAUUUAUCCAGGGAAUUACUUUGAAACCCAUCGCUGAAUUCCUACAAGUGGAAAAGAAGAGCAUGCACAAGAAGAAUAUGACAGAACACAUAUAUAGAGAACUAAUUGACUAUACCAUGUCAGGAAUGGAAGAUAUCGCUGGUUUCAAGGGUCAUCAUUGGAUGCGUGAUACGUUCCAGAACAUCAAUAACAAAUAUCUCAAACCUCUGUUGGUGAACAAGAAAAGCAUUCAGAAUAUGGAUAAAACCAGAAUUGUUAGAGUUUACAACAGGCUCCAAUUAGAAGAUGCUAGAAACUUCGCCAAGGGAAACAAUAAAGCUUUCGUCAAUGCUUUAAUCAGUCAUACUGAUACUUCAAAAGAAAAAAGAGUAGAAGAUUUCGUACAAGAAACCGUAGUUCAAGUUGAACUAGAUGGAAAAGAAGGGUUACCCAAAUAUGAUAACGUACCAAUAUAA